AAUUUAUCAAUUGUAACAUGGUAUCAGAGCAAGGUUAGCUCUUGGUGAUCUUCACCUUCCGGCGGGCGGCAACCUUGCCUUCACCGCCCGCCGGACCCUAACCAUGCUUAUUGAAACCUCCAUCAACUCCAUUACCUUCUGGUCCAUCAUCUCCAACCGCAAUCAAUCUUGACAAGUCACCAUGGGUCGCCAUGAGUCAACCACUGCCAACACACAAGCUUCAUGUGCUACAAGCUCUGCUUCAGUGAGCUGUGUAGAGAGUCUGAUGACAGAGAUAGUCUCUUCUUACUGCAAUCACUUGUACGCCAACAAGCCAGAGCUCGCUGCUCGAAGGAUCGAAGCUAUUGGCUAUCACGUCGGCCACCAGCUCUCUGAAAGGUAUACGAUGGACCGGCCACGGUUCAGUGAUCAUCUAGAGGCAAUCAAGUUCAUCUGCAAGGAUUUCUGGACUGAGCUCUUCAAGGAGCAGAUAGACAAUUUAAAGACCAAUCAUAGAGGUACCUUUGUGCUACAAGACAAUCAAUUCAACUGGCUUUCACACAUGUCAAUUGAAACCUCCUCUCAUCAAUCUACAAAUUUCUCCUCUCUCGCUUCCUCCCAAUGACCACCACCAG